CGCGAGGGAUCAUGUCUACAGCGUCCGCUGCUUCUUCCUCCUCCUCGUCUUCCGCGGGUGAGAUGAUCGAAGCCCCCUCCCAAGUCCUCAACUUUGAAGAGAUAGACUACAAGGAGAUCGAGGUGGAAGAGGUUGUUGGAAGAGGAGCUUUUGGAGUAGUGUGCAAAGCCAAGUGGAGAGCAAAAGAUGUCGCCAUUAAACAGAUAGAAAGUGAAUCUGAGAGGAAAGCUUUUAUCGUAGAGCUUCGACAGUUAUCCCGUGUGAACCAUCCUAACAUCGUAAAGCUCUAUGGAGCCUGCUUGAACCCAGUGUGUCUUGUAAUGGAAUAUGCUGAAGGGGGCUCCUUGUAUAAUGUGCUACACGGCGCUGAACCCCUGCCAUACUACACCGCUGCCCACGCGAUGAGCUGGUCUUUGCAGUGCUCCCAAGGAGUGGCCUAUCUUCACAGCAUGCAGCCCAAAGCUCUGAUCCACAGGGACCUGAAGCCCCCGAACUUGCUGCUGGUUGCAGGGGGGACAGUUUUAAAAAUCUGUGAUUUUGGUACAGCCUGUGACAUUCAGACGCACAUGACCAACAAUAAGGGGAGUGCUGCUUGGAUGGCACCUGAAGUUUUUGAAGGUAGCAAUUACAGUGAAAAAUGUGAUGUCUUCAGCUGGGGUAUUAUCCUUUGGGAAGUGAUAACACGUCGGAAACCCUUUGAUGAAAUUGGUGGCCCAGCGUUCCGUAUCAUGUGGGCUGUUCAUAACGGUACUCGACCACCACUGAUCAAAAAUUUACCUAAGCCCAUUGAGAGCCUGAUGACUCGCUGUUGGUCUAAAGAUCCUUCUCAGCGCCCUUCAAUGGAGGAAAUUGUGAAAAUAAUGACUCACUUGAUGCGGUACUUCCCAGGAGCAGACGAGCCGUUACAAUACCCUUGUCAGUAUUCAGAUGAAGGACAGAGCAACUCCGCUGCCAGCACAGGCUCCUUCAUGGACAUCGCGUCUACAAACACCAGUAAUAAAAGCGACACUAACAUGGAACAGGUUCCCGCCACAAACGAUACAAUUAAACGCUUAGAGUCAAAAUUGCUGAAAAACCAGGCAAAACAACAGAGUGAAUCUGGGCGUUUGAGCUUGGGAGCUUCUCGUGGGAGCAGCGUGGAGAGCUUGCCCCCAACCUCUGAAGGCAAGAGGAUGAGUGCCGAUAUGUCUGAAAUAGAAGCCAGGAUUGCUGCAACCACAGCCUUUUCCAAGCCUAAACGGGGCCACCGUAAAACCGCUUCAUUUGGCAACAUUCUGGAUGUCCCUGAGACCGUCAUAGCAGGAAGAACAAGCAACCUGUGGCUAAUGCCAGCAUUCAUCAAUCUGACCGUCUCUCGGGUCAUGCGAAAAUGGACCUUUAAUACCUCAGGACUUCUGUGGAUCAGACUGCACAAUUUUUUGUACCCUUGCUACCUUGGGCCUGGCUCUCAAAGAGGCAACGGGCAGCCAAGACGUAGAUCCAUCCAAGACCUGACUGUUACUGGGACAGAUCCUGGUCAGGUGAGCAGUAGGUCAUCCAGUCCUAGCGUCAGAAUGAUCACUACCUCAGGACCAACCUCAGAAAAGCCAGCUCGCAGUCAUCCAUGGACCCCUGAUGAUUCCACAGAUACCAAUGGAUCAGAUAAUUCCAUCCCAAUGGCUUACCUUACACUGGAUCACCAACUACAGCCUCUAGCACCAUGCCCAAACUCCAAAGAAUCUAUGGCAGUGUUUGAACAGCAUUGUAAGAUGGCACAGGAAUACAUGAAAGUCCAGACGGAAAUCGCGUUGUUAUUACAGAGAAAGCAGGAACUAGUUGCAGAACUGGACCAGGAUGAAAAGGACCAGCAAAAUACGUCUCGUCUGGUACAGGAACAUAAAAAGCUUUUGGAUGAAAACAAAAGCCUUUCAACUUACUACCAGCAGUGCAAGAAGCAACUAGAGGUCAUCAGGAGUCAGCAGCAGAAACGGCAAGGCACUUCAUGAUUCUCUGGGACCUCAAAUUUCAAAAUAUGCAAAGAAAGACUUUCUUUUUUUUUUUUAGGAAAGAAAAACCCUUAUAAUGACAAUUCAUGAGUGUUAGCUUUUUGGCGUGUUCUGAAUGCCAGCUGCCUAUAUUUGCUGCAUUUGUUUCAUCGUUUAUUUUCCUUUUCUCAUGGUGGACAUGCAAUUCAACUGUCUCCUUACAUCACAUGGGGGCAUCUGUACUUGAAUCAGCAGCAGUUCUCAACUUGAGAACAGAUGCAGUGACCGUGGCUGUAUAUGCAUGCUCGUGUGUGAAAGCUGGCCUAAGGAAAACAGGGGUGUCAGACUAGCUGCUAUGAGCGAACAUCGUCUUUUUUUCGAGGUGGAACCUCAAGAAUGAUUUUGUUCUUGUAUCUCAUCUCAAACAACCAAUAAUCUUUUUAUCCAAAAGAUGGUAUAUACCAAGUUAAAGACAGGGUAUUAUAAAUCUAGAAUAAUUGGUGGUACAUUAUAGAAAUGCAGAAACGUUAGGGAUAGUUGAGAGGGAGGGCUUUGAUGCCAGCAUCCUUGGAUCAGUACUGAACUUUAUCCAUAAACCUUAAGGUAAGUGACAGCCGCUGUGUUUAACAGAAGUGUAUUUCUUUAGACUUAAAUUUGGCUAUGAUACAUUGAACAAAGGGGAACCGUUUUUCUAAAAGGUAUAAAGAUGUUAAAUCCUGUGACUGCGUGUACAUGUGCUGAAACUGUAAAGCUUAUAAUUAUGACUCUAAUAUUAAUACCCCUUAAAUGAAAUUAAAAGGUAAACGAACAUGAUCCAGCUUAACUGAGCAUUCCUUCCUGCAGUGAUUAUUGUAUUGUUUUACUGUAUAUUUGAAAAACUGAAGAGAAAUAAUGAAAAAUGGAAAUAAUUGCUUCAGCUCAAAGGCUCAGGCCUAAACUACUUUUACGAUACCAAAUGAGUAAAAAACCUGACAAAUCAGGACAAGUUAGUGAAGAAGUUAAAGGAAUAAACCUCAUCAAGUAUCCUACUUAUCAAUAUUGGAAUGAUUGAUUUUCCUUGCAAGCCCAUCCUAGAAUGCCUUUCAACACUUUUAAAGGAAUUUCACUUAUAAAGAAAAAAUUUAUAUUGUUAACAGUAACUUUGCUACCAACUUUGAAAAUAAAAGUAAUAAUAAAACUUCAUUGAAAUAAUAGACUAUAUAAGCUCUAUUUUUUCAGUUGGUAUUAAAAUAAACUACAUUUUGAUACCAGUACAAUGUGUCUUUUAAAUAGGGAUGUCAUCAACCUCAUUUUUAUAGCAUUAAUGUUUUAUGAAGAGAAAAUUAAAAAUGAAAGCAUAAUUGCUGUGAUUAUUAGAAUUAUAUUGUGAUUGUAUUGUAGUUUUGCUCUGUUUCAGAUAAGCAAGUUGAUCUAAGAAGUUAUCAAAAUUAUUCUUAAAAAUACUAAAGCAGGUAACUUUUUCUUCCAUUAUUUUUUCCUCUUCCCACUGAGUUUUAUAAUGUAUUCCUUGUGUAUACAAGCAAUAAAGGUAAAGGACAGUUUGUA